CUUCUGUUCUUAAUUUCUAGUAUAUGACUCUCAACCCUUCUACUAAGAGGAAGAAUACGGGAUCCCCAGACAGGAAGUCCUCAAAGAAAUCCAAGACAGAUAACUCUUCUUUGAGUUCACCACUAAAUCCUAAGUUAUGGUGUCAUGUACACUUGAAGAAAUCCUUGAAUGGCUCACCACUCAAGGUGAAGAACUCAAAGAAUUCCAAAUCUCCAGAAGAGCAUCUGGAAGAAGUGAUGAAGAUGAUGUCAACCAACAAAUUACAUGCUAACUUUCACAUUCCUAAGAAAGGCCCACCUGCCAAGAAACCAGGGAAGCACAGUGACAAACCUUUGAAAGCGAAGGGCAGAAGCAAAGGCAUCCUGAAUGGACAGAAAUCCACAGGGAAUUCCAGAUCUCCAAAAAAGGGCCUGAAGUCUCCUAAAACAAAAAUGAAGCAGAUGACUUUGUUGGAUAUGGCCAAAGGCACUCAGAAGAUGACACGAGCCCCCCGGAAUUCUGGGGGUACACCCAGGUCCUCUAGUAAACCUCAUAAGCAUCUGCCUCCCGCUGCCCUACACCUUAUUGCCUACUACAAAGAAAACAAAGACAAGGAGGACAAGAAGAGUGCCCUGUCUUGCGUUAUCUCUAAAACGGCUCGUCUUCUUUCUAAUGAAGAUAGAGCUCGUCUCCCAGAAGAAUUGCGGAAUAUCGUUCAAAAACGCUUUGAGCUUCUAGAGCACAAAAAAAGGUGGGCCUCUAUGUCUGAAGAGCAACGCAAAGACUAUUUGAAAAAGAAACGAGAGGAGUUGAGAGAAAAGUUGAAGGAGAAAGCCAAAGAGCGGAGAGAGAAAGAAAUGCUUGAGAAACUAGAAAAACAGAAGCGAUACGAGGACCAAGAAUUAACUGGCAAGCACCUUCCAGCAUUUAGAUUGGUGGAUACCCCUGAAGGGCUGCCCAACACACUCUUUGGGGAUGUAGCCCUGGUGGUGGAGUUUUUGAGCUGUUAUUCUGGACUACUCUUACCAGAUGCUCAGUAUCCUAUUACUGCUGUGUCUCUUAUGGAAGCCUUGAGUGCAGAAAAAGGUGGCUUUUUAUACCUGAACAGAGUCUUGGUCAUCCUUUUACAGACCUUAUUACAAGAUGAAAUAGCAGAAGACUAUGGUGAAUUGGGAAUGAAGCUGUCAGAAAUCCCCCUGACUCUGCAUUCUGUUUCAGAGCUGGUGCGGCUCUGCUUGCGCAGAUCUGAUGUUCAGGAAGAAAGUGAGGGCUCAGACACAGAUGACAAUAAAGAUUCGGCACCAUUUGAGGACAAUGAAGUACAGGAUGAGUUCUUAGAGAAGCUGGAAACUUCUGAAUUUUUUGAGCUAACUUCAGAAGAGAAGCUACAGAUCUUGACAGCACUCUGCCACCGGAUUCUCAUGACAUACUCAGUGCAAGACCACAUGGAAUCAAGACAGCAGAUGUCUGCAGAGUUGUGGAAGGAACGGCUUGCUGUAUUAAAGGAAGAAAAUGAUAAGAAGAGAGCAGAGAAACAGAAACGGAAAGAAAUGGAAGCCAGAAAUAAAGAAAAUGGAAAAGAGGAGAAUGGGUUAGGCAAAACCGAUAGGAAAAAAGUUGUGAAGUUUGAACCCCAGGUAGAUACGGAAGCUGUUGACAUGAUUAGUACUGUGAAGAGCAGACGGCUGCUUGCCAUUCAGGCCAAGAAGGAGCGGGAAAUCCAGGAGAGAGAAAUGAAAGGUAAAAUCUUAUGAUGAGAGAAAAGAGGA